AACUGACCUGAAGAGUGUCAAUUCUGUCAGUCCCUCGUUUUAAAAGUGCUUUGGCGGCUCCCUGCCGUUGGCUCGAAGAUAACAUGGAAGUUGGUGGUGGAUUGGGUGUCAAUCCGGUCACCGUCUACAGUGGGGCACUCGUCUGCGCAGCUGCUUACCUCGUAAAUCUCGGCAUUGACGACUUGCGGGAACAUGGCAGGGUCUCAAUUUUGCAUUGGCCGCUACUCGCUCGCAGUUUCAGCGGUGCCACCUUGGUCCAACUUUUCUUGCUGUGGAUUUCAUGCAACAUCGUUCUGGUCGUGGCAAAUGGAGGAUUCCGACUGUGGCGAAGUGGAAGAGCUGCCCUUCUGAAAAAUGGCACCCUCUACUUAUGGAACUACGGCUGGCUGCUCGCAGGCGUUGCACUCCACACCGCUAUGGUCGUGGUUCCAUCCUGGGUUGGGUACCAAGUGGAUUUGCCUGCCUCCGCCAUGUGCGCCCUGUGUUUUGAACAGGUCCGCCUCCUCAUGAAAUCCUACGCGUACCUGCGGGAGCACGUCAAAGGGGCGCUAGCGCUGCCGCCUCAGGACACGGACGACAGCCUCGGGCACCUUGUCUACUUCUUGUUCGCUCCAACACUCGUCUACCGAGACAGCUACGAACGCACGCCUCGCGUGCGCUUCGGCGUGGCGGUGGCGCACGGCGCGGUGUUCCUGCUGACGGUCUUCACCAUGGUGGUGGCCGCGGGCCGCGGUGCGCUGCGGCCGUUCUGCGGCGGUGAGGACGCGGUGCUGCUGGACGCGUGGGGCCUGUCCGGACCGCCGCGCCUCGCCUUCCAGCUGGGCGUCAUCGUGGUGCGCGCCACGCCGGCCGGGGCCGUCAUCGCCGUCGGCACCGCCCUCGCCAUGCACUCCUGGCACACUGUAUUCGCUGAGCUGCUGCGAUACCCCUCCAUUGGGUUCACCAAGCCUUGGUGGAACGCUCCGUCGUACACGGUCUUCUUUCGCCACUGGAACAUGUUUGUCAAGGCGUGGCUCUACACUUACGUGUUCAAGGAGCUGCUUACUAGAGGCCAUAGCUCCACCGCUGCCAAAAUGAUAACUAUCGUGCUUUCGGCCUUUUGGCACGAGUACAUCUUGGCCGUCAGCCUCGGCUACAUCAUCCCGUACUGUGCACUCACAUACGUCUGCACCGCCGCUAUUGUCAUUCCGGACCCGUUGGGACUUCAAAAGAACUUGAGAGGAAAUAUCUUCGUUCUGCUGACUCUAAGCGGAGGCAUUGCUUCGCUGAUCGCAUUCUACUUCGCGGAAUCCACAGCGCGACUUCAUUGCCGCGCUACAUCGGCAAGUAUUAUUGUGCAGCGUUCAGAAUCCGCACACAGUAAAAAAAGAUUCGCCGAUUCGGUGACGUCUGGGCGCCAAAACGAGAAUAUUACAAGAACAGCGACACCCUCAAACCGUUCUAGCGGCCCUCUGUUAGGUCUUCAGAACUAUUCAGUUCGUAUUAACGGGAGCAUGCUCGCCCCCUCAGGUGCAGGGCUGCACCUGCGAAAUAGGAUGCUGGCGUGGGAUAUAUUCGUGCCACAAUCAUUAACCUGUGAACAACCCUUCAAAAAUUGUACUUUUUUGUAAAGUUUUCAUGUUAGUCACGGGAGCUUUUCUUCAGGCAU